AAUUAAGAGCUUUUUAUCCUUGGAUGACCAUGUGAACACUGAAGCCUCCUGCUGCAGUCUUAACUUGCUUGGUAGCAAUGGCAGGUUAUCAUGCUAUGGUGAUUUAUUGAGUUUUAAGCAAUCCAUGUGGCCAUUCAAGCCCUAAAACCAAUAGAUUACGUUCUGUAAUAAUGGAUUUAAUACUUCUAGUAGAUGUUAAAUUUGAGAGUUUGUAGUGUUUGGGAAAAUACAUUUCUCUAGCUGCAAGGUCAGUAUAAAUCUUAAUUUUGUGAAAAGUGUGCUUGUAGUUUUUUGUUCAAGGCACCUACAAACUUAACUGCAGUUUGUUUUCUGGACUAGUGGAGAGAGGAGAAGGUGACUCCAGGUGAUGAAGGACCCUUUGGCCAGAGACUUUGGGUCCAGCAUUGGGAGGAGUGUAACUCCCAUAGUUGUCAUUGUUUGGACAGAUCCUUCUCUUUGCUGUGCCCAUGGGAGACCAGACUGCUGUGUAUCCUGCCAAUACUUAAAACCAAGAAUAUGCUUGGAGUAGAGGAAAGGACAGUUCUGUAGAGUUUUAUAAAAUACUUCAAUUUUACACCAACAGAAGUCAGUAAGGGAUUUGAACGUAAGGUUGUGAGCAUUAACCAACACAGAGAUUACUUUUUAAAUUCAUGCUAAGUUUUUUUUCUUUUUUUUUUGUUUUAAGAGACUCUUUGCUCUCUGGUAACCACUCCCCAUCCACUCUCUCUUUGCUCUUUCCCUUCUGUUGAGGCUUUGAAAUGAACUGGAGAAGGAGGAUCAUCAGCUGGUGAAAAUCUGAGCCUGGGUGUGGACAUGUCCCCUUACUACAAAGUCCUUUUCACAUGAGAGGGUAUUGAUACCUCAGCUGCUCACGUACCUGUGUCCUGAUAGAGCAGAAACCCCUGAAACAGAGGAGUGUCAUGCUUACAGCUUCUUACAAAGGCAGGGAUUAUUGGCAGUAGAUAGUUUAUGAUAAGAGAUAAAUCAUCAUCUCUGUUUAUGCUUUCAUGUGGCCCAGUGUCACUACACCCAUGGUUUUUCCUAAAGUAACAGUGACUUGUUUCUGCCUGGCUUGUUUUGCCCUGAGUUUCUCCAGCUGCACAGUGGUUUCCUUGGCAGGUUGUUGCAGUGCUGGGACUGGGUGGUUUCCCAGAUGAGUCAAACAAUGCAGCCAGGCAAGCUCAGUGUUUCACUGCUGCCAGGGGCCGGUGUCUCGGUGAGCCCGAGAUACUUGGAGAUGUCCCAGAUUUCGUCCUCACUCAGAGGUAACAGCCCUAGGUGGAGCUGCACCCGUGAUUAAAUACAAAAUGAAUGUGAAUUAAUUAAUGGUGAGACACGAUGAGCCCAAGGAUUCCGAGCUGUGAAAUGGAAUUAGGGCUACGAGCUCACAAUAAACAUUUAACAACUGCAGAAAUCAGAAAACAAUUUGGUGCAGCCUUUCACCCCAAACCUGUAGGUGUUUCCCAGUCACCUCACGUUCUUUGGCAAUAUUGAUCUGAAUAUUGUGCUUCGCUUCUCCUGGUCCAUUUUAUUUCCUUAGAAAAGCUAGUGGCUGCUAGCUUUUAAACCAGAAAAUGCUUUUCAUAUUAAGAGCUGAAUUCAGAGGCUGGCAUGAGGUUUUCCUUCAGAGCUACCUUGGAAAUUCAGUGCAUUAGUUGAACUCUUAGUUUUAUGGUAAUUUCAUGAUUAAGUAAUAAACCUACAACUCUAAAAACACAGCAUGGUGGACAAACAUCACAGAUGAAAGGGGCAGCCAGCUGUGUGCCUGGGCCUUUGAUGCUGUCAGAUGGGAGAGCCUGGAGCCUCUGGAUGGGAAAACACAUCUCUGCUCUCCCAGUGUAGGACCCCUCCUGCUUCUGAUCAGCAUCAUCUGUGCUGAUCAGUACGUGUCAGGGGGAAAACUGGGGGGCUCCUCUCCAGGCAUGGUAAUUUGAUGAGGUUUUUCAUGUUGCCUUCUCUUGAGAUCCAGCUGUUGGUCUGUUUUGCCACUGUGCAUUUGAUUUGCUUCUUGCUUUAGUGGUUUAGCUCACUGACUUUUAUGUAUUUUAUUUUUGAAUUUUUAAAAUUAAAUUAAUCUACUUAUACUUGUGGUGAUAGAAGAUCUCAGUGGUGAUAGUGUCUCAGUUCUUCUGAACCCACAGCAGCUGUUGUUUUUGCCUUGGACAUGUCUAGCAUCUAAUAAUCAGAUUUGAUGUAUCAUGUUGGUUUUCCUUCAUUCCCUUUGCUGGGUUACUUUUCUCCAACAAAUAUGCCUGUAACAAGUUGCAUCCCAGGAUGUUUAGUUUUUAUUAAGGACUGUGGGAAACUUCAUGGAGGGAAUAGAGAUCUGAAUCCCUAUGCAAAGGAAAUAACUCUUUCCUCUGGCUCUUGUUUAUCAUGUUUUGAUUUCUGGGCCCUGAGUGCCCACAUUUUCUACUCACAUGGCAGGAGCUGCCCAAGGAGAGCAGAGCAUUGAACCCAGUGGAGAUGAGACUGUCUUAAAUCCCUUCAAAAGGGACCCACAGGCUGAACUGCUUUCCUAAGUUCUCCAGCUUGCAGUUUACAGUAAAUUAUUAAUGCAGUAACUUUCAGUGUUGAACAGUUCAUUUUUUCAUGACUUUUUUUUUAAGGAAAGGUUCACAAGUCAUUCUCAGUAAAGGUAUUGAAUUAUGAAUGCCUGAAAAUCACCUUGCAAGCCCAGCAAGGAUAGUGUCUGGCAUAGGUUUAGCUGCUUUUUUACUACUAAGUAAUCAGACUGUUCAAAAACUGGAAACAGAGAUGUCUAAACUUCUUUAACAUCUUUAUUCCAGGAGGAAAUAAGCAAAUGAGUGGUGAUGGAUGUGAGGGUGAUCCACUGCCUGCUCCUUUGGGCUGCACACUUCUUCCUGGCUAUGCCACACUCCACUCCCAGGGUUUUCAGUAACGAAUCAAAGACUGGUGGUGAGCAAGAUGCCUGUAUAAAUCUCAUUCCUUGCCAAGAUAAUGGAGCCAUUUGUAUUCAGCCUUGCUCUCCCUCCUUCCACGGGGAGACAAGUUUUGUUUGUGAAGACAGAAAGUGGCACAUGUUGUCAGAUGCUUGUGCAAGCCUGGAUGUUCAGUCCCUUUUUCAGAGGAUAUCCCAAAGUGAGCUCCUCCCGUGCUUUGGAGGAAAGCCGUGGCAUGGGAAGCCUGCAGAUGGAGCAAAACAUUUUGGUGCUGGGAAUCAGAGCUGCCAAGCCGAUUUUUCAUGCAUCAUCCCAGAUAUCCUGUCUUCACCAGCCAUCCCAGGAAACAUUGCUGAUAUAGUGGAAUUGCUAAACAAGAUUUCCCUGUUGCUGUCAGACAAUGUCACUAGAGGAAAAAUGCAGAGCUACAGCAGGAUAGCAAACCAUAUUCUGAACAGCUCCAUCCUUUCCAACUGGGCUUUUGUAAAGGACAGAAAUGCUGGUUCAGUAUUACUGGACUCGGUGAAUUUAUUUGCUGGGAAACUUCUUCUAAGAAAUGGGUCAGAAAGUAUCCAGGAGCCCUUCAUCGCUACCAAAGGCUACAGCAUACACAGAAACACUUCAGGAAAGAGCUUUGACUUUUCCAUGGAGUUCAAUAGCACAGGCAAUAUCACUGGGCACGUGGUGAUUCCAGAAGAGGAGCUGCUGAGGUUACCCAGGGCUUCCAAAGCCGUCAGCAUUGCGUUUCCUACGCUCGGAGCCGUCCUAGAGACCCACCAGCUGGACCCCGCUUUUGUGAACGGGAUGGUGCUGUCGGUGUCGCUGCCAGAGGAGCUCCAGAACAUUCUGCUCACCUUUGAGAAGCUGGACAAGCUGGAGCAGGCGGGGGCUCAGUGCGUGGGGUGGCACUCGGCCGAGCGGCGCUGGGACCCCGCAGCGUGCCGGCUGCGCGCCCACAACGCCUCGGCCGUGGUUUGUGCCUGCGCCCACCGGCGCCGCACCUACAGGUCCUUCUCCAUCCUGAUGGCCCCGGCCGUGCCGCGCAGCCCGGCGCUGGAUUACAUCACACGGGUGGGCCUGGGCCUCUCCCUUUGCAGCCUGCUCCUCUGCCUGCUCAUCGAGGCUGUGGUGUGGCACCACGUCACGAAAACCGAGAUAACCUACAUGCGCCACUUCUGCCUGGUCAACAUCGCCGCCUCGCUGCUCGUCGCGGAUGUCCUGUUCAUCCUGGCAGCCAUUGUGCACAAUACGUCCCUAAACUACCGGCUGUGUGUGGCAGCCACUUUUUUCCUUCACUUUUUCUAUCUUGCCCUGUUUUUUUGGAUGUUUACCCUGGGCCUCUUGAUUCUCUAUGGAUUAUUAUUUAUUUUUUUCAAGAUAACAAGAUCUGUUUUCCUAGCUGCAGCAUUCUCUAUUGGAUAUGGGUGUCCCUUGGUCAUAUCUAUCCUCACUGUUGCUAUUACUGAACCAAAAAAUGGAUAUUUAAGGAGUGGAGCCUGCUGGCUCAAUUGGUAUGAGACAAAAGCCCUUUUGGCUUUUGUUGUACCUGCCCUGAGCAUCAUUGUUAUGAAUCUCAUAGUGGUGCUCGUGGUUGUGGUGAAGACUGGGAGAUCCUCUGUUGGAGAAGGCUGCAAGUCCCAAGAUUUGAGCAGCAUGAUCCGGGUCAGCAAAAACGUUGCUCUUCUGACCCCUCUGCUGGGCCUCACCUGGGGGUUCGGAUUAGCGACCAUCAUCGACAGCCGCUCUCUGGCCUUCCACGUCGUGUUUGCGCUGCUGAACGCCUUCCAGGGAUUCUUCAUCCUGUUGUUUGGGACACUUCUGGACAGAAAGACAAGAGAAGCCUUGAGGAUGAACUGCCUUUCAUCAAGGCGGAAGUGGGGUCUAGAAAAGUCCUAGCAGUGGGCUGUUGUCUUCAGUGGAUCUGACCAGUGAGAAGAAGAGGAGGACUUCUUGCAGAGAGAGGCAGGUUUGAGGGGAGCUGAAGAGCCUGGCCAGCUCCUGUCUGGGAGCACAACCACGGGAAGCAUCAUGAAAACCAGAAGAGAAAAGGCCCUGAACCUGCUGUCAGGAGCAGGAAACCAUCAGUGUUGCUGCAGCCCUUGGAGGAAACAUGCUGAAACAUAAAGCUUGUUUCUCACCUUUGUGGAAACUGCUAUGGGGAGAGUUUGUCCUCGUUUGCCAUUUCAGUGCUUCAAUUUCUUUCUUCUUUUGUUUUUUCUUUCUCUUUUAUUGUCAGUGCAAUAAGGAGCUGUACAGUGGAACUGUUCUAAAAUUAUUUAAUUUUUCAUGUGAUGUACAAAUGUUGAGCAUUAUCUAGCUGAUUUUGGCUGUCUUUUGAGCAAAACUGAUUCUAUUUGUUGCUACUGUAUUCAUCAUUUCCAUUUGUCCUCCCAGACUGAUGGACAACUCUGUUUCUGCAUUGCAGCUGUUCUCUCCCUCCCAAUAUUUGUUGUCUCCAUCUCAGCACUUGUGUAUCAGGGGAAUUGUACAAAGCCCUUUUCUGAUCUGUCAGGACAGAAUUUUCAUUCUUUUCCCUGUCCUGCAAGAGAGUGACAGAGAUAAAUGAGAAAGAAGAUGCUGCAAAUAAUCAGUUUCCCCCUUUAGAAGUGGGAAAGCAAGCAGAGCUGAAUCAAAUGGAUGGACAUAAUGUCCUAACAUCCUAUUUCUCCAUGUGAGAGGGGGUAUCUGGUUUAAUUAGAAAAAUCUGUCCUUAUUCUGAAAAACCCUUUCUAAUGAAGGCUUUGAUAGAAGCAUUUUGACUCUUGUCAGGAUAGAUUGAUGGUUUCAAAUGAAAAUAAAGUUGAAAUUUUGUCAUUGUUUCUAACAAGUGGUACUUAUCCUUCUCUGCCAAAAAUGUAGAUAACUGCCCUGUAGUAUUACCUCAAGUCAGAAAUCACUUAAACCCAUGUGACUUCACAUACGUUUGAAAUAUAGACUAAUUAAGCAAAAUAAUCCAGUAUGAUGUCAUCAACAAGCCUUUAUUGAAGAGGGAGAAAAGUGCCCUGGCAUGGAAAAACCCACAGCCAGAUGUUCUGGUGGGAGAAGCUGAGGAGGGUCUGGAGGGCAGAGCUGUGCCUGGGCCAAUGGGAAUUUCCUGUCCUCAGGACUCUGGUGCUUCCUCUCCUCUCUUCUUUCCUCACAGACUCUGAUCUUGUUACAGGAGUCCAUCCCAGCUCCUUUCACACAGCCCAUCUGCAAGUUGAAGAGCUUUAUUCAAAUAGAGAUAAAACUGGGUCUAUGUGCUGCUGUAACAUUUUAAAAGACCAUCACUUCAAGGUCUGUUCUUGAUGUCAUUUUAUUAAUGAAAUUAUUGGAUUAUUUUAUAGCACCUGAAAAUUUAAGAAAACUUACCACAACCCAGCAGCUGCCCUCCUCUCACAUGUGCAUGUUAAACCAGUCUGUUAAACAGUGGAAUUUAUAGAUGGUCUUGGACCAGGCUUCCUUUAUUAUACAGACUCCUUCCAGAAUCCCAGGAAAUUCAGCAGGAGUCUUGCCCCAGCAAAAGCACCAUGAAAGGAAUCUGUUUCAUCUGCUGUUUCUCAAAGGGUGUUUGAAGCAUGGUGCUUAUUUUCAGCACCUGGCACAUAUCAGUGGUUUUGCCUGUGUUUUAGGGUCAUUUAGGUAUUUAAAAAUAACAGGGGUGGGGGAGCUUUACAGAGAACCAGUUCAUGGUCCAGGAGGAGGAGAAGCACUGAACUUCUAUUUUUAAUACCCCAAACUUAAACUGUGCAGGAGCAUUUCAUGAGUAAAUACAUUUGAGGGGUGAAAGCUGUAGCUGUCCUUUGUGGACUGUGAACUGCUGUUUCUCUGAAUGCCAUGGGCUGUGACAGCCCAGCUUUAAUUGCAGCUGAGGAGAGGGAAUCACCAGAGCUGGAAUUCUGCCAGUUUCACAAAUUAUCUGUGUAGCAACAGCUUAAUAAUGUCAGUGUUGUGUGGGACAGUUGGAUUCCUUGAUGUGCAGGAGCUUGAUUGGGGCUGUUCCACCCUGGCUGCUGUGAAAAAGGCAUAUUGUGUGACUCUACGCAGAUAUUUACUAUAUGUAAAAUGCUAGGUAGAAAAGUUAUACUGUAUUAAUAUUUGAAUAAUAUAGUGAAUGUAGUUUUGUAAUUAACAUUAAGCUCUAGUAAUUAAAACUGAAGCUAUGUAUGUGUGAUAUUCUUUUUAACUCAAGAAAGAGCAAAUAAUCAAGGACUCUGCACAGAGAUAACAGUUGCAGAGACUUUAAAUUUUCUAGUGAAGAAGAAUUUAUGGCCUUCUUAUCAACAAAAAGGGAAACUUUCAAUGACCCACAGACUUACCGGUGUCUAGAGAUUAACAGAAGACUUUCGUGACUGAACCAGCUGAAAUUAACUGUUUUAAAUAAAAAAUGCAUAGUCAUGAGGACAAUCCUCAAAAGAGAGGGAUUUUUCCCUAGUUUUUUGCCUUUUCCUGACUAGCCUUUGUCUGGGACGGGGAGGGCCGCAGCCUGGGCUGCUUCUCUUUGUUUAUUGUCUCAUAAAUUGUCCUACUCUAAAUUGUUUAACUUUUAUUAUUGUUGGUGUAUUACUAAUUUUUUUAUAUAUAACCAUUUUUAUUUUUAUUAAAUUUCCAAAAAUCACAAAACGAGUGAUUGGCAUUUAUUACACCUGCCAAAGUGGUGGGACCUGAAAACC